AUGAAAGUUGCAAAGCUGGGUAAUACGUCCGGUGCACCUUGCAUUGCAAUUCAAUUGGGCGCAAAACUCAAGCAAGGGGAACACGAAGAUUGCCAUCGGAAUGGGAACAAUGUCGUCAGCCGACCUUCCAACUUGGAAUCAACGCAUGCUUCUUACAACCUUCACGCCUGCCACAUUCAAAACAAGACUGACGAGGAAUGGGAUCGAAGCGAGUAUACUCUGUACAUAGGGUUCGACGUUGGACACGGCUUCUUUGAUGAUCCCACAAUUCUUCCAAAGAUUGACGAAUUUCUGAAAUCCUUGGUCGUAGAUAAACCGCUGAAAUUCAAGUACAUCCGGUUACCUUACAGCUAUGGAUGGGUCACCUACAUCUGGAAUGCGCUGUUUGCCCUCGCAAUCCGAGAUGGUACCGACUUCUUUUUUCAAGUCAAUGACGAUCUUGCGCUUAAAGGGACCAAGUGGAGCACUUACUUUGUCGAUGCUCUAGAGAAAAAUAAUGGAUUCGGAGUCGCCGGACCAUGGGAUCCACGCCAUAACGGACGACUUCUGACUCAAGCUUUUGCUGGAUGA